CUAUUACCGCCAAAUUAGAACAUCGGCCGGCUGUGGCCAGAAGAGUGCACGGUGAAAGGGCAUCCACCGCCCAGCGAGGCUGGCUGCGAAACGCUGGGUCUCGCUUCCAUUUCCGUCCCUCUCAGCCAAAACUCGAUUAUUUCGAGACACCGACCCGACCUCUUCCUCCUCCUGCCCUCUCUUCCUUCCUUCAUCCCUUUGAACGUGGAAAACUCAUCAUCGCCACAGAACCCGACCAGUCACCUACCCCGUGCCGUCGUCUCCCACUCACACGGUAUCCAUCGGUCUUCCGCAUCGAUCGGUUUGCCUCUUCGAUAUUAAUCCUGCACGCUGCCUUGCGCAUCGGUCGCAUUCCACACACCAAACACAUCGACACUCGUGGCAUCCCACUACAGCUGUCGCUGAGCUGGGAACGGAAGGUCAAAGAGAGAGCAAGUUGAAACGGAGCGCCCGGUUUGACAGGCAAAAGGUUUGAGAUACCUCAAGGUGCUUUUUUCCGCAAGAACCACCCGACCCUUCUGCCUUGACUCCCGUCACCCACCACCUCCAUCACCACCUACCUCACCUACCUGCCUCACCUGCCUCACCUACUGCUUCACCCUGCCUUUAUCAGCACACUCACACAACACCUCCUCUACUACUUCACUUGCACUUCACCCGCAGCCCGUCGCGCCUCCAUCACAGUCUCCGUCAGUUCGCCACAGUGCUUUGUAGCUUGUCGCGCAGCACCGAUUGAGUUGGCACUGGAUCACACACUCCAUCUUUGCACGCCCUCUCAAGCCACAACGUCCCCUUGUUUUGACAAGCCAUCAUCACCCAACCCGAACUCCCUAGCUUCAGUCCGUCCCGGCCCAAGUCAAGCCUAUCCUCAGUUCACGGCCCAGUCCAGUCCCGUCCCCGCCACUACACCUAGCCCGUUUUCUUCGAAAACCCUUUCAGGUGUAGAUAACAACAUAAAAUAUUCAAUUGAAUACCUUCGAGAAUCCGACAUUGAGCAAACGGCUUGCUCUCCAAAGUGAAACAAGAGUCAUCCUCCUCCCCCUUAAACAAAAAGAGAUCACUUAAUUAGGUAUUUCACCAUGUCCGCCUCUCCCCAGCCAACACAGUCCACCAAGCGUCCUCUCGAGGACACGUCGUCCCCCUCCCGCAACGACCAACCCGAGGCCAAACGUCCGGCUUUGGACAAGGUCAUCAAGGAGCAGCAGGAGGACAACAAGGCCGACCCCAUCUCUCCUUUGAACGACGAGACCGCCUCCUCCGUCCCAGCCCCUGAGGCCAACGGCACGGCGAAGACGAACGGUGAAAAGCCCGAGGCGACGGACCAUCAGGGUGACACAGUCGUCCCCGAUGCUCCGGAAACAAAGCCCACCACCAGCACCACGGUGGAUACGGCCUCGUCUGAGGCGCAGGCGAACCCCCCUGCAGAGUCUCGUGAUGAGACUGCCUGGAUACACAUCCGCGCCGUUAUUUCAAGUCCCGAAGCCGCGACUAUAAUCGGGAAAGGCGGCGAGAAUGUGUCCAAGAUCAGACAAUCGUCAGGAGCCAAGUGCACUGUCAGUGACUAUCAGAAGGGCGCCGUUGAGCGUAUUCUGACUGUCAGCGGUGUUGUUGAUGCUGCUGCAAAGGCCUUUGGCUUGAUUAUCCGCACCCUCAACAACGAACCGUUGUCUGAGCCCUCCAACCAGCACUCCAAGACCUAUCCCCUGCGUCUUCUGAUCCCCCAUGUUCUGAUCGGCUCCAUCAUUGGGAAGGGCGGGUCUCGCAUCAAGGAGAUCCAAGAAGCUUCUGGUGCCCGCCUGAACGCUUCUGACUCCUGCCUCCCCGCGUCUUCGGAGCGUUCUCUGGUCGUCACGGGCGUUGCUGACGCUGUACACAUCGCCACAUACUAUGUCGGUAGCACCCUUUUGGAGCAGCUCAACGAGCGCUUUGGCGGGGCUGCUGCCUCUGCCUACGCUACCCGCAGCGGCGGUCCUGCUGCCGUCACAGGUGGCAUGACUGUCGUCCCAUACGUCCCUCAACCCGCCGGCGGAAACUUCGGUCAGCGCGACCACUACAACAACCGCCGUCCGGACCCUAGAGCCCACCACAUGCCGCCCCAGGCCUACGGUGGCGCGCCUCAAUAUGGCGCUUAUCCUCAGGCGGCACAUCCUGGCCCCGCGGUCCCAAUGCACUUUGCUGGUGCUCAGGCUGCUGGGGGUUACGGACCUGCCGCCCCCCACAUGCCACCCCAUGCCGGACACGCCGGACAUGUUGGGCCCCAGCCCCACACCGGUCCUCACGGUCCGCAGGCAGCUGGCUCUGGUGGCGCGGCCGGUGGACCUAUGACUCAACAAAUCUAUAUCCCCAAUGACAUGGUUGGCGCCAUCAUCGGCAAGGGUGGCCAGAAGAUCAACGAGAUCCGUCAGAUCAGCGGCAGCGUCAUCAAGAUUAACGAGCCACAAGACAACAGCAACGAGCGUCUUGUCACGAUCACUGGUACCGAUGAAUGCAACAAGAUGGCGCUAUACAUGCUCUACACUCGUCUUGAAAACGAAAAGCACCGGAUGUAA